AUGUCCAAACAUCAUCCCGAUCUCAUCAUGUGCAGGCGUCAGCCUGGAAUCGCCAUCGGACGUCUCUGUGAGAAGUGUGACGGAAAGUGCCCGGUCUGUGAUUCCUACGUACGCCCCGAGACCCUUGUUCGCAUUUGUGACGAGUGCAACUUUGGCACAUAUGGUGGACGGUGUAUCAUCUGUGGAUCUCCUGGGAUAUCUGACGCCUAUUAUUGUGCGGAGUGUACGAGGCUAGAGAAGGACCGGGAUGGGUGCCCGAAGAUCGUGAACCUGGGCGCGAGCAGAACGGACUUGUUCUAUGAGAGGCGGCGUUUAGGGUUCAAGAAGGGCUAG